AUGGACGACCAGGCUCUGAGGCCGCCGAUCGAGUUUUCCUUGGCAAAUGGACAGAUAUUCCAACGAGUGAUCGAGAAUCCUGCGCGGUUUAAUCUGAGCCCUGCCGACCGACUCUUGCUGGAAGAGGGCCGACAAUCGAUGAUCAAUCGCACACGAUUCGGGUUCUUGCUGGGUGCCACCCUGUCACCGCUGCCCCUAUUCCGGGGCCAAUAUGCGAUCGCGAACCUCCGGAAGCUUCCGCCGCUGAUGGACCGAGUGACGCAGCAGCCGAACCCGGCGGUGAUCCGGGCGCGGCUGUUCUGGAUUGCCCAGUCGGUGGUGCUCACCACGCUGGGCUCGGGGCUCGGGACCUGGCUGGGCUUCAAGCUGGGCCUGCGGGCCAUGGAGCAGAGCCUGGCCGGGCUCCCUGGAUGCCGCGAACGCGUCAUGGAGGCGUUCGGCCUGGCCAGACGCGAGCUCGAGAGUGCCCCGCGGGACCAGCAGCCUUCUCCACCAGCCAAAGCUUCCCAGCCUCUCCGGGGGAGCCCAACCGACCAGCACGACGGAUCGUUCCAGGCGCAAGAGGAGGACGAGCUGCUGAUGAGACGGUCGUCCCCCACCCACGACCUCCUCCACCAAGCUCCGGACCCUGCUCAAGCAAGCCACGACGACUCUGCAGGCCGGUCCCGAUGGGAAGAGCUGCGGCGAUCUCCGCAAUCCCAUCCCUCGACGUGGCAAGCGAUCCGAGAGCAGAACGCGAGGCAGCUUGCUCCUCCCAAGCGGCCAUCCCCCCCGGCCCAGCAGCCCUCUGGAGUCGAUCCUGCGCCCCCCGGCCCCUCCGAAUCGCAGGACGAAUUCGAGAAGCUGCUCGAACGCGAGCGCAACCUGACCGCCGCGCGCGAAUGCUUCUGGUACACCGACUCCCUCGGCCGCAGGCGACGGCGCUGUCGAGGCUUGGUCCCGGGCAUCAUCGCUGCUCUCGUCGUUGGCCUGUUCGUCGUCCUAGCCUUCAUCUCCCUCGCCUUCGUCCUCCGCCGUCGCCAGCAACGCGCCACCCUCGAACAGGGCCCCAAGAACGACACCCCCGGGCUCGAUCCGGCGAUCCAGCCCCCGCCGCCGGCUAAUCUCGCCGACCACCACCAUCCCCCUCACUAA